CUCGAAUAAAAAGUACUUUAAAUUCAUAAAUAAAACCCAAACUUUAUUUUUUUGAACUUUUACCCAAAUCUAACCUAAUGAUCCAAACUACCCCUUAUUCAUCAUCUUGCCUACCCAAUUCAAUAAAAAGGACUUCCAUUGUUGAUUGAACAAAGACGAGAAAACCAAGAAAAAAAAUGAGUGAAUCAAAGCGUAAGACUGUACUUACAACAGUUAGUUCUGAAUUGGAUUUAGAUCGACCCAACAUUGAAGACUAUCUUCCGUCUGGAUCCCUUCAUGAACCUCAUGGCAAACUUCGUUUGAGGGAUUUGAUUGAUAUUUCUCCUGCUCUUACUGAGGUUGCUGGUGCCAUUGUUGAUGAUUCAUUUACGCGUUGCUUCAAGUCAAAUCCUCCAGAGCCCUGGAACUGGAACAUCUAUCUGUUUCCUUUGUGGUGCUUUGGAGUUGUUGUUAGAUACUUGAUUCUUUUCCCAGUAAGGGUCAUAGUUUUAACAAUUGGAUGGAUUAUAUUCCUUUCUCUCUACAUGCCAGUCCAUUUCUUAUUAAAAGGACAUGAUAAGCUCAGGAAGAAAAUAGAGCGCUCUCUCGUGGAAUUGAUUUGCUGUUUCUUUGUUGCAUCAUGGACUGGGGUUAUCAAGUAUCAUGGUCCACAACCAGUUAUGAGGCCUAAGCAGGUUUUUGUGGCCAAUCAUACCUCCAUGAUUGACUUCAUCAUUUUAGAACAAAUGACUGCCUUUGCUGUCAUCAUGCAGAAGCAUCCUGGUUGGGUUGGUUUGCUACAGAGUACUAUUUUAGAAAGUGUUGGAUGUAUUUGGUUCAAUCGUACAGAAGCAAAGGAUCGCGUAAUUGUACAAAAAAAGUUGAGGGACCAUGUUAAUGGACCUGACAAUAACCCUCUUCUUAUAUUUCCAGAGGGAACAUGUGUUAAUAAUGAGUAUACCGUCAUGUUUAAGAAGGGUGCAUUUGAGCUUGGUUGCACUGUCUGUCCCGUUGCUAUCAAGUACAAUAAGAUUUUUGUUGAUGCCUUCUGGAAUAGUAGGAAUUAUAUUAUGAAGAUUUUGAAGUUCGUUCCGUUAUGCAGGCAGUCAUUUACGAUGCAUCUGCUUCAGUUAAUGACUUCUUGGGCUGUUGUUUGUGAUGUUUGGUAUCUGGAACCCCAGACGUUAAAACCCGGAGAGACUGCUAUUGAAUUUGCUGAGAGGGUUAGAGACAUGAUUUCUCAUAGAGCUGGCCUAAAAAAGGUUCCUUGGGAUGGUUACCUCAAGUAUUCCCGCCCUAGUCCUAGGCUUACCCAGAGCAAGCAACAAAGUUUUGCUGAAUCAAUAUUGCGACGAUUGCAAGAAAAGUGAAGAUAUUUAUCCAUGCUUAACUCGUCCUCUCGGGCAGAAGUUGUGGGUCCCACUUCCUUGUAGUUGUGAUGACGUGGAUGGUGAAAAAGUUGUUCAUUAUGGACACGUGGUGGCUAAUGGAAGUAGUGUCGAUCAAAUAGCGGCGGAGUUUGGGAUAAGUUCGGAGAGUUUGAUGAAGGUUAAUAAUAUUUCUGAUCCUAAGAACCUUGUUGCUGGUCAAGUGCUUGAUGUUGCUCUUAAAGGUACUUUCUUUUUACCAUUUAUUAAUGUGUUUUAAACUUUAAUCUUCUCUGCUUCUUGUUUGUGUUUUGAUUUCUAUAUACUCUGUCAAAUUGGAGUUAUUUUAUUAAUAUUAAAUAAUAUUAAAAGAAAGUUAGUGGAAAAAAUAUAGAAAAUAAAAUUAAUAAAAAAAUAAUUUUGUAAUUUUAAUGAAAAAUAUACAGGAAUCAUAAAAAAUAAUAAAUAUUAAAUAAAAUUAAUGUAAGAUGUGUGGGGUUUAUAAUCACGGUAAGUGCUUGACCUUCCUCUUAAAAGGUACUUUCUAUUUACCAUUUAUUAGUGUGUUUUAAUUCUUAUCUUCUUGUUGAUUGUGUUUUGAUUUCUAUACUAGUGCGUAAAUUAGAGCUAUUUUAU